GAGAGUCUUCGCAUCCAAUCACUCAAUAGAGCCCAACGUAUCAAGAAGUUCAACGAAGACGGCUUCGAUAGGCCCGAUUCGCCGCAAUCGUUGAGCGGAGACUCGACUUCAUUGAUGCGUAAGAAAUACGUGAAAACGUCUGAAAACGACUCGACCUGUGGUUCGGUUCACGAGAACGAUGGCGACGACACGGAGGGCGCGGACACCGAACGGUCGGCGGCGAGCACUCCACUCAUGGAUAUGUCGAGCGCGUUAUCGGUGUCCUCCCAUUUGCCAAUCUUUCACGAGAUUGAACUCGUAUUCAAGCCAUUGCCGCAUCAAAUGGAUGAUCAGGACCUGACGCUCACACAAACGCGUUAUAUUAAGACCACAACCAACGCAUCGGUCGACCAUUUAGUCAAAUACCUAUCGAUGCGACACAUUCUCGACUCAUCCAAUGGUAAUUCACAGCAAGACGUGAAGGAGACGGCCAGCGAGGCGUCGCUGUUCACUAUCUACGUGGCCGCCGGUCCCGGACAGUACCAGCCAUUGGUCGGACCCAUGACUCUCUACCAAAUCAACGACAAGUACUGGCGAGCGAUGUCCGCGACGGCCGAAUCGGUGGUGACGGGCAAGACGUGGGAACUGUCUCUCUAUGAGUUGCACCGAUCGCCACAAGAAGUGGUGACCGACACCACGGAGAUAGCGGUGUCGCCGCGGAGUCUGCACUCGGAGCUGAUGUGUCCGAUAUGUCUGGAUAUGUUGAAGUGCACGAUGACCACGAAGGAGUGUCUGCACCGCUUCUGCCAGGAGUGCAUCAUAACGGCGCUCAGGAGUGGCAACAAAGAGUGCCCGACGUGUCGAAAGAAGCUCAUCUCGAAGCGGUCGCUCAGACACGACCCCAACUUCGAUAUGUUGAUCUCCAAGAUCUACCCCUCGCGCGACGAGUACGAGGCCCACCAGGAGAAGGUGUUGGCCAAACUGAACAAGCACCAUUCCCACAACUUUGUCAACAACAUCGAGGAGAGUCUUCGCAUACAAUCACUCAAUAGAGCCCAACGUAUCAAGAAGUUCAACGAAGACGGCUUCGAUAGGCCCGAUUCGCCGCAAUCGUUGAGCGGAGACUCGACUUCAUUGAUGCGUAAGAAAUAUGUGAAAACGUCUGAAAACGACUCGACCUGUGGUUCGGUUCACGAGAACGAUGGCGACGACACGGAAGGCGCGGACACCGAACGGUCGGCGGCGAGCACUCCACUCAUGGAUAUGUCGAGCGCGUUAUCGGUGUCCUCCCAUUUGCCAAUCUUUCACGAGAUUGAACUCGUAUUCAAGCCAUUACCGCAUCAAAUGGAUGAUCAGGACCUGACGCUCACUCAAACGCGUUAUAUUAAGACCACAACCAACGCAUCGGUCGACCAUUUAGUCAAAUACCUAUCGAUGCGACACAUUCUCGACUCAUCCAAUGGUAAUUCACAGCAAGACGUGAAGGAGACGGCCAGCGAGGCGUCGCUGUUCACUAUCUACGUGGCCGCCGGUCCCGGACAGUACCAGCCAUUGGUCGGACCCAUGACUCUCUACCAAAUCAACGACAAGUACUGGCGAGUGAAUCGACCGCUCGAGUUAUUUUACGCCUACAAAAUGCAAACAACUUCAUAGAUAUCUCACUCUUUUUCUCACUAACUUAAUAAAAUCAUUACAAAAACAAAUCCAU